GUAUUUUUAAAGGAAUCUAUACAUUAGGUUGCCAUUAUGCUUACAAAGGCCUUUUACUUAAGGCUGGCGAUAUUAUGUGCUCUUGUUUAUCUGAAUACGGCAAGAACGGUAAAGCUUGGCCAAAAUGCUAAGCAGUCGAUCAGCAACUAUGAAGAAAUCGGAUACCGACUACCCACUACACUACAGCCCACACACUACAAGAUCUAUUGGAAUCCCGAUCUAGAAAGUGGAAAGUUUACUGGGAAGGAGGACAUUACUGUGGAUGUUCUCGAGAGCACUAAGCAAAUAGUGCUACACUCCAACAAUCUGGUAAUAACCGGCGUCUAUGUGCAGUUUCCGAGCGGUUCUCCGGCACCGACAGUUGCCGACUAUGAACUCGAUGUUGAGCGUGAUUUGCUCAUCAUUAAUAUGGUGGAGGAGCUACCGGUGGAAAAAAUAACUUUGGGCAUUUUGUUUGAGGGAGAAAUGCUCAAUAAACUAACUGGUCUAUACAGCAGUAUCUACCAAACACCAGCUGGAGAGACCAGAACAAUUGCAACUACCAAAUUCGAGGCCACCUAUGCUCGUCAGGCCUUUCCUUGCUUCGAUGAGCCUGCUUUUAAAGCAACUUACCAAAUUACGGUUUCUCAUCCCACUGACUCAUACCACGCACUCUCGAAUAUGGACGUAUCGGACACCCUCCUCCUUGGCGACGUUACUGAGACCAUUUUCGAAACUAGCGUGCCCAUGAGCACCUAUCUGGCCUGCAUCAUCGUCUCCGAUUUUGAGUCAAAGAGCAAGAACGUCGAUGCACAAGGAAUAGGUGAUGAUUUUACCAUGCGGGCUUUUGCAACGCCCCAUCAACUGGAUAAGGUCCAGUUCGCACUUGACUUUGGGGUUGCCGUGACAGAGCACUACAUCCAAUACUACAAGGUCGCCUAUCCCUUGCCAAAGCUCGAUAUGGCUGCCAUACCAGACUUUGCUUCAAAUGCCAUGGAGCACUGGGGUCUGGUUACAUAUCGGGAGACGGCGCUGCUCUAUGACGAGAAUUACAGUUCAACCGCGAAUAAACAGUCCACAGCCAGCGUUCUUGCACACGAAAUUGCACACAUGUGGUUUGGGAAUCUUGUGACCAUGAAGUGGUGGAAUGAUAUCUGGUUGAACGAGGGCUUUGCUCGCUAUAUGCAAUACAAGGGCGUACAUGCAGUGUACCCCGAGUGGGACAUGUUGAAUCAAUUCUGCAUACUCGUGGCACAUCCGGUACUUAACUUUGAUGCCAAACUCUCCUCACAUCCCAUUGUGCAACCAGUAGAGACACCAAGUCAAAUAACCGCGAUAUUCGACACCAUCAGCUACGACAAAGGCGCUUCGGUGAUUCGGAUGCUUGAGAAUUUGGUUGGAGCCGAGAUUUUUGAGGAGGCAGUUACCAACUAUUUGAAUAAAUAUCAAUUCUCAAACGCCGAGACGGACGACUUCAUAAGCGAGGUUGCUGCACUAGUGAGCUCUUUUGAUGUCAAGGUCUUUAUGCGCACAUGGACUGAGCAAAUGGGCUACCCAGUCGUAGAAGUCCACCGCCAUGACGACACUACAUACGAGAUCACACAGAAGCGGUUCCUGUCUAACAAUAACAGCUACGCCGAGGUUCCAGAUGAUUCCGAAUUCGGCUACAAAUGGAGUAUUCCACUCACCUUUAUGACGGAUACGAAUUCUGGUCUAAAUAGCUUUUUAUUUGAAUAUUUUUUGACUUCGUUAACUGUAAAAACAGCCUCUCCAUCGCAGUGGAUUAAAGUAAACAUACAUCAAGUGGGCUAUUACAGAGUGAACUACGAAGAGAGUCUGUGGAAAGAACUUAUUGAAAAGUUGAUCGACAAUCCCACAAGCUUCGACACUGCCGAUCGUGCUAAUUUGCUCAACGAUGCCUUCGCUCUGGCCGAUGCCGCCCAAUUAUCCUACAACAUAGCCCUCGAGUUGAUUGCAUAUUUGCCGCAGGAGCGCGAUUUUGUGCCCUGGUAUGUGGCAGCAGAGGCUUUGAAAAAGUUGCAAACCAGUCUAAUGUACAGCCAAGUCUAUGUGGAUUAUUUGAACCAUGCCCGUGUGCUGUUGCAGUCUGUGUACGCGGAUGUGGGCUGGACAAUUGAUGCGGACAAUCAUCUACGCAAUCGCCUGCGCGUGUCCGUUCUGAGCCUUGCCUGUGCUGUUGGACUGCCUGACUGUUUGUCUCAGGCGGCGCAGCGCUUCAACACUUGGCUGGAGGAUCCCACCUCAAGCGAAAAUAUACCCGCCCCCGAUCUACGUAGCAUCGUUUACUAUUAUGGAAUGCAGCAGGGUAACGAGGCUAGCUGGGAGAGGCUGCUCAACCUAUUCCAGUUGGAGCAGGAUGCCAGCGAAAAGUUGAAGCUGAUGAAUGGCCUGGCCGGUGUUCAGGACCCACAGCUCCUCUAUCGUUUACUUGAGCUGGGCACCGAUGAGAGUAUUGUGCGGUCCCAGGACUAUUUCACGCUCGUGGGUGACAUAGCAGGCAAUCCUAUUGGCGAGGCUAUCGUCUGGGACUAUUAUCGCGAGCAUUGGCCAGAGCUAUUGGAACGCUUCGGUCUCACCAAUCGGUAUCUGGGCCGACUAAUAGCAACCAUUACUAAAAACUUUGCGAGCAAUGUCAAGCUGGAGGAACUGCAGCAGUUCUUCAACAAAUAUCCUGAGGCUGGUGCAGGCGAAAGCUCUCGUCUGGAGGCACUAGAAACGGUCAAAUUAAACAUUCAGUGGCUCAAGAACAACAUCGAUGAUAUCUCUAACUGGCUGCAGGGCACUUCGACGCCUUUGUAACUGAAACGUCAUGCACUCAACUAUGGAAAUAUCCCAUUGCUUAAAUAUGCAGCUAAACCAUAAAUCCAUAAACCGCUAUCGAGUCCAAGUCUGUACUCGCAUUGAAGCAGUUACAUAAUGUUGGGGCUAUCGAACGCGGUAAUAAACACAACUGGCCAUUAAUGAAUCGUUUUUAUUAAAUACUAUUACUGGCAAUAUACAUCCGACAAAUAA